AUGGCUAAGACAGCAAAAGGAGUCAGUGGUGGUGAUCGUGUGACUCGAUCACCACCGGACGUCGUGUUCAAACUUCAAAUAAAACGUAGAGAAUCCAGCAGAAAUAGACAAUAUGGUAGAGACAGAUCACUUUCUAGAGAGAGACACUACUAUAAUAACAUACAAAACGAGACUAAUACAAAUCAAGAUUAUGAAAGGAAACCAAGUUAUAAAUACGUUCAAAAAAAUUAUGAACACAGAGAUAAUUCACGUGAUAGAGAACCUAACAUAAAUACAAACAAUGGUAGAGGUUACAGAAACAGAUCACAUUCCAGAGAUCGAGACAAUAAUAGAGAGUACAAUUACAGCAACAGGAAUCAAUACAGCAGAGAACAUAGUCGAGAAAAAACACCAGAACGAUACAGGGGAGAUCGCUAUAGUAAAGAAGCUGAAAAAAUUAUAUAUUAUAGAUGUGACGAAAAAGGUCAUUAUGCAGAUAAGUGUACAAAUACAAAAAACUAA